CGUGUUGACGCUGAGGCAGCAGGUGAUGCGCCUUGCCUGGCUCGCACUCGGCGCCCUGGGAGUGCCAGUCGCAUGGCAUGCACACCACCUGAUCACAGGAGGCACACUGCGCCCGCUCUUCACGCCACCUUACGAGCAAUUGCCCCUCAUCAAUUCGUCUUUGGCCAACGCACUCGGCAAGCUUUCGCUCGUACAGAAUAUGACAUUCGACAUCAGCAUGGCACUAGCGAUGAAUCAGUCUACCUCCAGCGCGUGCUUCUUCAUGAAGCAUCCACUGCCUUUCGAGAGGCUGCGCGCAGAUCUAGAUAUUCAGUCCAUCACGGUACAAGCGGUCCACAACGACACGACGUAUGCAUACUUUCGGCACCACUUCAGUCAUCCGCUCUUGGCGAACAAUGAUACAUAUGUGAUCAAGAGUGGCCAAUCAGCACGCUCGCCGACGAUACCCAAUGUCAAGCUCAUCCGUGGCUGGCAAGGUUCGUUUCCCCUCAUCAUGACGCGCGACAGGCGGAUGGAUCUCUAUACUUCUGUACACCUCACCAUCCACACACCUUUCUCAGCACGGCCAUUCUCCUUGGCACUACCUUACAAUCAGUUGGGCGUCCCGUUCAAUCCAAUCUUGCGAGGAUAAAGCAGUCUGAAGAGGUGUGCAUUGGAUCACAAGUGCACGUUCAUUCGUCAGAGACAAUGUCCUCCUUGCGCGGACCCUUUUCGUCCUUCUUGGCGCGCAGAUGGCGACUCUGACCAAUCACAGACUGGGCUGUCGACUCUUCGUCCAAGACGAUGCCGAGGCCUUCGUCUUGCGCAAGCGCGAGCACAUGCUCAAGCGGUACGCGUUGGUCAUGAUCGACUGUCAAACAUCCUUUCAGCAUGCUUCACGCGGAACAUCAGAGAGACCGAGACUGACCGUCGAGCUUUUCGAUGAGGAUAUCGAUGGAAGCAUCGUCGGGAGUAUGCUUGAUCGCCUUGAGCGCUUUGCGCAGGUCGGCAGCAG